UGGAAGCAAACCCCGUUUCACCAUUUCUGAAAAAGACGACAAGGAAGAGAAGCAAGUUUCGUCUUCGACAACUGCAUCUUUUGACUGAAAUUUUUCUGGAAAGGAGAAGACAGCAUGGGAGCUUCCUCCUCUACAUCUAAACCCAAAACCAGCACAGUCUCCACGACAACCCCAGUGACCAGCUCUGCGCCCUCUUCUUGCUCCAACCCCAAAAAGGAACAUUUGAUCUUGGCCUUUUUUGCUGGGGUUCUGCUGACACUGCUACUCAUGGCCCUUAUCUUCUUCGUCAUCAAGAGCUGCAGAAGAAGUAACUCCAGCACCCAGGCCCAGGACUCUCUCUCAGAGCCUCCCAUCAAGAAGCUUUCAUCCACAUCGAAGGAGUCGCUUACCUAUGCCAGCAUGACUUUCAAGCCCUCGGGAGAAAGCAGCAAUGGCUUGACUGGAAACGGCUCCACAGGCUUGGACCCCACUGUCUACUCUGAGAUUAAAGUAGCAGACCCAUCCCUGCCUCUCCAAUGAGGCCGAACUCAGGACCUCAGCUCAGCUCCAGCUACGUACUGCUUUCUAGCUUUGUCCUGUGUGUUUGCUUUGGUUGUUUGUUUCCUAACUUAGGAGCCCAGCCUAUGGACAGCUGCAGUCAGAGGCAUCCAGACUUGUUCUGGCAGCACUGUCUUCUGCGCGGGAAACCACUGGUUACUUAUGUUCUGGCAGCACUGUCUUCUGCGCAGGAAACCACUGGUUACUUACUUUCCCCGCCAGACAAGAGGCUGCAGAUCCUUUUACUCUGACGGGCAGCAACAGCUCCUUGAGCAACUCCCCUGCGCUUUCCAAAGGGGCACAGAGUUCGAGAUAAAGAAAAAUCACUGAUGAUAACCAGGGAGAAGCCCGCCAACACUAGCGAACUGUCUAAGAUUUUCAAAUGAUGGCAGCUCCUCCUCUAGGGUUAGCCCCUUCUUCCUCAGUUAGCACUCUGUCCCAUCAUCUUUUCCAGAAGUUAAUAUCAGAGUUCUAAACCAACACGCAGUCCAUACUGUGUAAAACACUAGUCAAAUGCGGGUUUCUCUCUCCUCUAUAGAGCAUUCGAGAUGUGUGUGACAACCUUGGUUGAGAGCCAAAUUAAAGAUAAUUUCAAUUAAUUUACCCCCAGAACAAAGGGACCAUCAUAGACGGCCCCAUUAAAAAUAUCAGGAAGGGGCUCUUUCAUCAGGCAAGCGUACUUUAAAGUGUAAGUACUAAACUGGAAGAAAAAAAAUGAUAAAAUAAAUGUGAGGGCUGGUGAUGUAGAUGAGGACAUUUGCCACCACACCUGACAACUUGAGUUCGAGCCCUGGAACCUGCUUGGUGGACAGAGAGAACUGACUCCUGAAAGUCGCCGUAGAACCUUCAUGUUUACUCUGUGGUGUGUUUGCAUGUACACACACAUGCAUACGUGCGCGCACACACACACACACACAAUAAAUAUCAACUCGGCUAUUGUGACA